UCGGAGGUCGCGGAUUCACGUUCCGGGGCUUGUGCAGGAGCGAGGAGGUUCGUCUGCCCGGCGUCUCUCCUCUUCCUUACUCGAACUCUCUCGUCUCCCAUCACCGCGGAGUAUCUCACUCUAUCUCUGUCGGAGUCUCCACUCUCUCUCUCUCUACCCACGCGGCGAUCUCCAUCCACCCCUGUGGCUCUUCAUCACUCCGGUGGGCUGCGUACGGCCUCACCAUGGGAGUUAAGGGACUGUGGACCCUGCUGGACUCCACCGGGAGACCCGUCGACCUGGAGUCUCUGAAGGGGAAGGUCCUGGCAGUCGACGUGAGCAUCUGGAUGAACCAGGCGGUGCGGGGGGUGCGCGACCGCCACGGCAACCCCAUCAAGGCGGCUCACCUCGUCACGCUCUUCCACCGCGUCUGCAAGCUGCUCUUCUACGGCAUCAAGCCCGUGUUCGUGUUCGACGGCGCCGCGCCGCUCCUUAAGAGGAGAACUCUGGAUGUGCGGCGGCAGCGCAAGGGUGACGCCGAGCGAGACUCGUCGCGUGCGGCCGAACGCCUCAUGAAGGUGCUGCUCAAGAAGGAGGCCGUGGGCGCCGUGCUGGGCAGGGAGAGGGUGCGCUCCGCACGUGGCGCCGCGGACCGAACGGCCGACGCCGACUUCUUCAAGCUGCCGGCGCUGCCCCAGCUCCCGCGCAGCUCAUCGUCAGAGGAGGAAGUGGAGGAGGUGGAUGAAGUUGGCAGGGCCGACCCAGCCACGUGGCAGUAUCAGCUUCAGUUUGAGGAGGACCCAGGCUCCGUGGACGUGGAUUCGUCCGACUUCAAGUCUCUCCCGAGCGAGAUCCAGCACGAGCUGCUCACGGAUCUGCGCGAGGCUCACAAGCGCCGCCGGACCCUCUUCCAGGCCAUGCCCGAGGAGUCGGUGAGCUUCUCCAACUACCAGCUGGCGGGGCUGCUGCAGCGCAGCCGUAUGAGCCGCCGCAUCGAGGGGCUGCAGGAGGAGAUGAGCGGCAGCGCGAGGGCCCAGGGCCACGAGGGCCUCGCCGGCGCGGGGCCCGGCCAGCGCGUGGAGUCCCAGCGCGUCGUUUCCGAGGAGACGAGCCACUACAUCCUCAUACGGGGUCCAAGGGAGCCCGAGGGUCCGGCCGCGAGCCAGGGGACCGCGCCAGCUUCGCCCGGCGGCUCCAGCAAGAGCGAGCGCCCGCCGGGGCCGCUCGGCCGCUCCGCGUGGAGCCCGGCGCCCGUGCGCGCCAGCGAGCCGAGCCCGGCCAACGGGGCCCGCGCGGGAACUCCGUGCGGGACUCACGAGGGGGCGGAGGUCACCGCCGCGGAGGGCGGCCCGGCAGUGGGGGCGGCGGCUGCCGCUGCUGCGAGUCAGGGCUCGAGUCGUGGAGUGGUUGCCGUGGCAAUGGGCCUGGGUCAAGAAGUGAUCGCCGUGGCGAAGAGGCUGAGUGAGGAGGCGGUUGUGCAGAGGAGGCUUAGUGAGGAGGAGGCAGUUGUUGUUGAGGAGCGCAUGGAUGAGAAGGCGGUUGCCAUUGAGAGGAACCUGAGUGAGGAGGAGGUUGUUAUAAAGGAGCACCUGGAUGAGAAGGUAGUUGCCAUGGUAAAGGAGGAGGUCAUGAAGAGGAGCCUGGGUAAAGAAGUGGUUGCCGUGGAGAAGAAGCUGAGUGGGGAUGCUUUUGACAUGGUAAAAAGCCCGUCCGAGGAUGCAAUUACCAUGCAGAAGAGGAUGGAUGAGAAGGCGGUUACCACGGUAACGAUCCAGGAUGCGGAGGCGGUUGUCAUAGAGAGGAGGUUGGGCGAUGGUACACUUGGUGUGGAAAAGAGUUUGAGUCAUGGGGUGGUUACCAUGGACAAAAUAAUAGAUAGGCAAGGAGUUGCCAUGGAGAAGAACCUGGGUGAGGGGGCGGUCGUCGUAAAGAAGAACCAGGAUGAGACGGCGGUUACCGUGGCACAGAGCCUAGAUACGGAGGUGGUUACCAUGGAGACGAGCCAUGCGGGAAGUGCUGGGGGGAGGAGCGAACCGCACAGAGUGGAAGGUGGAGGGGAGGUGGAUGGGUGCGGCCGGUGCAGCGGCGUCGUCGCCGUGGCAGUCGGGGACCCCAGCUCCCGCCCGCCCCUCCCGACGCGGCCGCCUCCAGUGGAGGGCCCCACGGCGGACGCGGCCGCCUCCUCCAGCGAUGAGGACGACGAGGACUUUGUGGAGGUGUCCUCUGUGAGCGAUGUCGGCUUCGAGCGGGGCGAGGAGGAGGAAGAGGAGAAGGAGGAGAAGGAUGAGGAGCAGGACAAGGUGGAGGAGCUAGAAGGUGAUGCUGGGAUCUCUGUCGCCGAGUCUGGAGGUCCAAGCCGGUGUGACCCCGUGACCCCAGCGGAGCAGAGUCCUUCAUCCCCGAGCAUCCCAGCACAGCCACCUAGCCCAGCCUUCUCACCCAUGACACAGGAGGAUCUGGAGAGCCUGCAGUACGACCUGAGCGAGGAGGAGCAGACGCUGGUGUCCGAGCGGGGCCACCAGGAGCGCAUGGCCACCACCAUCACGGAGCAGAUGUGCUUCGAGUGUCAGGAGCUGCUGCGCAUGUUCGGCUUGCCGUACAUGACGGCGCCCGGGGAGGCCGAGGCUCAGUGCGCCGCCCUCGACCUCGCCGACCGGACCCACGGCACCAUCACCGACGACAGCGACAUCUGGCUGUUCGGAGGCCGCUACGUCUACAAGAACUUCUUCAACCAGAACCGGCACAUCGACUUCUACCAGCUGGUGGACGUCCAGCGGCACAUCGGGCUGGACAGGACGAAGCUGGUGAAUCUCGCCUACCUCAUGGGCAGCGACUACACGGAUGGCGUCGCCGGGGUCGGCGGGGUCACGGCGCUCGAGAUUCUCAACGAGUUCGGCGGCCCCGGCAUAGAGCCCCUUGUCACGCUGCGGGCAUGGUGGGACGAGGCGCAGAAGAACCGCAAGCUGCACGCCCGUCCCGUGGAGAGCAAGCUGAAGCAGAGGCUGCGCCAGCUGACGCUGUCGGAGGGCUUCCCCAACCCGGCGGUGGCGCGGGCGUACCUCGAGCCGGCGACCAGCACCGUCGCCGGCGGCUUCUCCUGGGGGCAACCGCAGCUGCUCAGCAUCGCCGAGUUCUGCCAAAGCCGCUUUGGAUGGGAGGUGAAGAAGACGGAGGAGCUGCUGCGCCCGGUCUUGAAGCAGCUGAGUGCCACCCAGAGCCAAUCGCGCAUCGACUCCUUCUUCCCGGUCGUGCACUCGGAGGUCAGGAACAUCAGGAGCAAGCGCAUGAAGCGCGCCGUCACCACCAUGAAACGGCAGGAGGCGCAGACGCCAGCCGAGGCCGCGGGUUCCGAGCCAGGCCCGGCGGGGCCGGAGCCGACGGCGCGGGCCCCCGCCGGGGGCUUCCUGGGGCCUGCCGCGGACUCGGGCGCGGCUCGCAGCAACGGCUCGAACGACGUUCCGUGCCCGGGGCUCAAGAGGAAGCGCGGGGGAGCGGGCGGGAGCGGAGAGACAGCCGGAGGGGCCUGCCCAACGGGGAAGGCGGCGACGCAAAAACGCGCCAAACGCAAACCGCGCCACAAAGACGGCAGCAGCAGCAGCAGCAGCAGCAGCGGGGACGAGGCGGCUUGCGACUUCAACACGAGCGGUCGCACGGUGACGGCGCAGUCGGCCUUCAGGGGCCGCGGCGUGGCGCGAGGCGGGAGGCGAGCGAGGGCGGGCAGGCGGAGGUGAAGCGGCGCCGUGCGGCCCCUGGGGCCUCACGGCGGCGGGUUCAGUGUUCACGUUCUGUCUGUCGCUUCCCGCCAAGCCCCGUUGCAGAGGUCACUGGGCCCGUGAACUUCCGGCAGCCGUACUUCCGCUGUUAUCCCACCUGUUGCUGACCACUCCGUGUCAUCCCUCUCCAUCCUCGUGCCCUCUUACGCUCCGAUCAGUCCGUCUCCUCCUCAGCCGUCCUUUGGCUGCGAUCCUUCGACGUUAUUCGACAUCGUAUGGGUCGGUCACAGCGCUCCAGCCGCGUUCAUGGUGCAGAGGUGGUUAAGGGCUCGCUGUGACCAAAAGAAACCAGGGACCUAUGGUAUUGAUGAUGAGAUGUGUAAGACAUAUGCCCUUUGAGCUAGGCCAAAAUAAUCAUAGUCUACAUUUUUUUUUCCACGCCAAUCUCACGGGCUUUCAGAACACUUCUGCAUCAUUCUCUUUCUGGAUCAAACUGAAUAAACAAAACUUAUCGCUGUGACGUCGCCAAUGAAGCACGCGGCGUCCUCUUGUUGUCCACGUGAUGUGUCGCGGUGUUUUGCCGCUGCCACUGUGGUUCAGCAGCCUUCCAACUCUGGUCUCGGGGAGAGUCGGGGGUAUGAAUUAACGUGUUUUCAACCGGGCGCUCUGUGGUGUUGUUUUUUUUUUUUACCGCACGCUGAAAUUCACAACGAUGAAUUGGCCAGACAUCCCAAUCGGCACCGUUCUGAACGAGUGCCGUGACCCAUGUGUGUAUGUAUGUUGAACUUCUUUCGCACCGUACAUAGCCAACCGUGGCUCAUCGGAGGUGCGGGGGAAGGACAAUAACGAGGUUAUUGCCGGGUGAAUAAAGAGCUCAAACCUGCCGAACAUCGAUGAUCUGAACAAUAUCUCGCCUCCACCGUUGAGGUUCGGAACUUGUCCGUUUUGGAGCCGUUCACAGAGUGUGCGCAAUGAAAAUUUCGUCAUCUCAACCAAGUGGUCCAAUGGGCUUCAAGCAACAUGCCCAACAAACACUUGAUCAGCAAGCUCACCGCCACAUUGCCCGGCUUCCACCACCACCACCACCACCCACCACACUGUCCGUCUUCUGUCUUCCAUGGAAACAAAUGUGCAGCGCUUAACCGGAUUCUCACAAACCACAGAAGAUGCGGACACCUGAUGCACACGUGGAAUCUCGGAGACUCAACUACAGACACUAAAUCAUGGACCACGUAGCAUUGCACUGCCUCUGAUGUACAUGGGUGGGUGAGUGAGUGGAUGGUUAUUGAAUCCCUCUUGUUUAAUCUAUAUAAAGCCAUAUGGAAGAGAGAAUUAGGAGCUAUUGCUCAUUAUUUAUUACAGAUGACCUGUCUACAACCAGGCUUAGGUUUUUCACAUUGUGAGGUCAACCAUGAGGCGAAAGAGAAACUGAGUUGCUUUACAGUGCUUCCAUCUGCCUCUCAGAUAUUUUAAGUUAACUGUUCGAAAUGCAGUCGUAAUGAAAUAGGAAAUUUCGCUGUUGAUUGUCGACAAUUCAAGCCAUUGACUUGCCAACCUCAUGAAAUUACGUGGCCAUACGUGACAACACCGCUAUUUAUAGUGCUACCUUAUAAACCACGUCGGUGCCAAACGUGCAUUUGUGAACACGCUCGGAGGCCCGUAACACCCAGCGGUUGACUUGCUGAACGGUCACGAUUCGGGAUCGGAGUUCAAUCCAACGAUCGAUCGUAUUUCAUCUCCUCCCUUGGCAUUUGCCAUGCUGCGUCUCAUUUCCAUCGUUCUAACUGCUUCAUUAGUCUACAUGUAUCAUCAUAUCGUUGGGAUAUGCCGUGAAUAAGUCAUCUCGCACGAUUGGACGGGGUGUUUUCAUUUGCAUAAGAAUCAAUUUUUAUCUUGAUUUGAAGCUUUCGUGACUGCAGCAAUCCAUACUCUUUGGUGCUUUCGGUAAAGUCGCGUAGGUAUAAUUUUAAUUAACGAAUUGAUGCAUCCUCCUGUUUAAAAGACCCAGUAAACAAUUAUUGGUGAGGAAAGAUCUCAACAAAAUUAUGCUUCUCACAGUAAUUUAAUCUCUGGACGUGCCAUCCCUACAUGCCUACGAGUAUGACACGUACAGCCUUCUUUGUGUGACACUGCUGAAUGAGGGCCUUCCUGUGCUGUGGAGGUCGUCGGCAGUUUUGUUUUAAAUACAUCACCGCGCUCGUGAAGUGCGGGUUUGGUGAAGAUAAGGAGCAUAGACCAAACAGCACAACAGUAGAUUUUGUUACGAUUCGUCCAUGCUGCCCACAAACAUUGCCACCACAAGACGUGUCAUUUGCGCUUGUCAAUCACUGCCAAUGCAGCAGCAGCAUCACACAUUUUUUUUAUUUGCUAAAUAACGAAUGUGUAAAGUACAUUGCUGGCGUAAUGUUCGGUUCUCGUUCAGUAACAAUAGCGGCGGCGGCAGCAGCAAUAAUGGGAGCAGCAGGAAUCUGGAGAGCGUCACUCACCAAUUACCGACUCCGAUGGCCCGGCUGGACAUUGCAGAGAUUUACAUUUUGCUUAGUGUAACACGUAGGACUUUCGCGACCGAUAUCCAAUAUAUAU